AUGGCAGCAGGGGCUCAGAGCCACACUGUCACCCCACUGCCAAAAGCAGAGCCACCUCUGUCCUUCCUGACACCUGAGCCACCCUUGCUCCUCCUGCUGCUGCUGCUGCUGCUGUUGCCAUCGUCGCUGCUGUUGCUGACGCGGGCGGCGACGCCACUGGAGCCGGGACCGAUGCCAGGACCGGCCGAUCUCCCGCUGCCGGCCGAGCCCCCGGACGCUCUGUUCGCCGCCGGCGCCGAGGCGUACUCCCGGGGUGACUGGCCCGCUGUGGUGCUACAGAUGGAGCGGGCACUGCGGGCCCGCGCGGCCCUGCGCGCCCGGCUGGUGCGGUGCCGCCUGCACUGCGCCAACGCCACAGCGGGACCGGCGGAGGGAAUCGAGACCCAUUCAGGAUCGGUGAUUCGCGACCUGCUUUUCUUCCGGGGGCUUUUGCGCCGCGCUGCCUGCCUGCGGGGCUGCGGGCCCCCCGCGCCCUCGCGGUACCGGGUGGGCGACGAGCUGGAUCGGGAGUUCAGCAAGCGCAGCCCCUACAACUACCUCCAGGUCGCCUACUUCAAGAUGAACCGGCCCGCAAAGGCUGCAUCAGCGGCACACACCUUCUUCGUAGCCAACCCUGGACACCAGGAGAUGAGGCAGAACCUGGAGUACUACCAAGCCAUGGCAGGUGUCCACGAGGAGGACUUCACCGACCUGGAGGCCAAACCCCACAUGAGUGAGUUUCAGCUGGGUGUCCGAUUUUACACAGAGGAGCAGCCUGCUGCUGCCAUCCUACACCUGGAGAAGGCACUGGAGGAGUAUUUUGUGGCAGACGCUGAGUGCCGCGUGCUCUGCGAGGGGCCCUACGAUUAUGAGGGCUACAACUACCUGGAGUACAACGCAGACCUUUUCCAGGGCAUCACAGAUCACUACAUGCAGGUGCUGAGCUGCAAGCAGGGCUGCGUUACGGAGCUGGCCUCACAACCUGGCCGGGAGAAGCCUUUGGAGGAUUUCCUGCCCUCACACUUCAACUACUUGCAGUUUGCCUACUACAACAAUGGGAAUUACGAAAAAGCCAUUGAAUGUGCAAAAACCUACCUGCUCUUCUUCCCAAAUGAUGAGGUGAUGAACCAGAAUUUGGCCUAUUACACUGCUGUCCUGGGUCAAAACCUGGCAGAUCCCAUCCAGCCCCGAGAGGAGAUCCAGGCGUACCGCCAGCGAAGCCUGAUGGAGAAAGAGCUGCUGUUCUUCAGCUAUGACAUCUUUGGCAUUCCCUUCGUGGACCCAGACACAUGGACACCUGAAAAGGUGAUACCAAAAAGACUGCAAGAGAAACAAAAGGUGGAGCGGGAGACAGCAGCACGCAUCUCAGAGGAGAUUGGCAACCUCAUGAAGGAGAUUGAGACUCUGGUGGAGGAGAAGUCCAAGGAGUCUGCUGAUAUGAGCAAGUUUAUCCGUGAAGGUGGCCCCUUGAUGUACAAAGGAGCCAGUGUCACCAUGAACUCCAAGGCCCUGAACGGCUCCCAGCGCGUGGUGGUGGAUGGGGUUCUUUCUGCCGAGGAAUGCCAGGAGCUGCGGAGACUCACCAACGCAGCUGCUUCCGCCGGGGAUGGCUAUCGUGGGAAGACAUCUCCUCACACCCCCAGUGAGACCUUCUAUGGAGUGACUGUGCUCAAGGCUCUCAAGCUGGGCCAGGAGGGCAAGGUGCCCCUGCAGAGCGCCUACCUCUACUACAACGUGACGGAGAAGGUGCGGCACAUGAUGGAGUCCUACUUCCGCCUGGAGGUUCCACUCCACUUCUCCUACUCCCAUCUGGUGUGCCGCACAGCCAUCAAUGAGAAGCAAGAAGGCCGGAGUGACAACAGUCAUGAGGUGCACGUGGACAACUGCAUACUCAACACAGAGGCUCUGGUGUGUGUGAAGGAACCCCCAGCCUACACCUUCCGGGAUUACAGUGCCAUCCUCUACCUCAAUGGGGACUUUGAAGGAGGAGCUUUCUAUUUCACCGAACUGGAUGCCAAGACUGAGACUGCGGAGGUGCAGCCUCAGUGCGGCCGCGCCGUUGGCUUCUCCUCUGGCUCAGAGAACCCUCACGGAGUGAAGGCUGUGACCAAGGGCCAGCGCUGUGCCAUUGCCCUCUGGUUCACCCUGGACCCUCGGCACAGCGAGCGGGAGCGUGUGCAGGCGGCUGACCUGGUGAAGAUGCUUUUCAGCACAGAAGAGGGGGAUCUGCCUCAGGAGCCAGAGCAGGAGCUGCCAGCCACUGUCACCGUGGAGAAGGAUGAGCUGUGACAUCU